ACGUCAUACAAUGUUCGCUCAAACUUGAUUUGGCGGGUUGGAUUUGUAAACAAUAAUGAUACAGGAAGUAAUCCAGUACAGCACUCUUUUUCUUUUGGCAUUGGUGUUUACAUACUGUACAUCUACGUUUUCGUUCGAAGAAGUAACCGCUCUUUUUAUUCCCCUUGGCAUAUUCUACGCCUUCGUUUUAUUUGGCCUAUUUCUUAUCGUCUUUAUCCUUGGCGAUUUAUUCUAACUCAAGGCAUUUAAAAGGCCGAAUUUCCUCAAAAAUCAUCGAAGGAAAAUUAUAUAAAUCAUGAGUUCAAACUCUCCCGCUCAGUUUGUUCCAAGCACGCCGAGAUUUCGAACAUAUACCACGGAGGACUCCUGCGCCUAUUCAUCUCCUGUAGCAGUUGUUCCAAACAUGGGGCAAUCUUUAGACAGGACAAUAGAUUCUGGUGAUGCUGCGGUUCCAAGGACCCCCGUUGCAGAACCAACACCGACAAGGACACCACAUAACAAUUACAGAUUUAGUGCCAUUCCUCAGACACCUGUCUCACGUUAUGCCAAUAACAAGUUAGAGAACCUACAAGAUCAACAGGUUCCCUCCACUCCUAAGAGAAAUCAAACUCCUAUAUUUUCCACCCCUACUGGAGCUCCUGCAACAAUGUCAAACGUACGGAAAGCUGAACGGCUUCAUGGUCCCAGGCGUAAACCACGGCGAAUUCUGCCCCCUGCAGUAGAACAAGAUCAUCGUACUAUAAACUUCUUCAGUGGCGAGAAUAUUUUUUCCUAUUAAGAGCUGAAAAAUUUAACGAAGAUAUAACUCAAGUGCUAAUAGAAUCUUCCAUUUAUAAGAUACGUGUAU